GAGUUUAGGUACAGAAUGAGCACAUGUCGCUGGUGUACACCUGGUGGUGAAUCCACUGUUGACUUCUUAAAGAGCUACGCUUUGGGGACACUUCCCUGUGAAAUUUUCACAGCUAAUGAGGAUCUCUGUUACUGCUUGGAGUGUGUGGCUGAAUACCACAAAGCAAGAGAUAAACUACCUUCUUUGCAUGAGAUCUUAUGGGAAUUUGAAACCACCCGUCUCAUAAAUCAUUUUGAAAAAUCCAUGAAAGGUGAAAUUGAAGAAGACGAUGAACUAUUUAUAGUGGAUGACAAUGGCGAAACACAACUAUUUGGUUUUACUGGCCAAGACUUUGAAAACAAGCUUCGAGUUCCUCUUCUUGAAAUACUGAAAUAUCCUUAUCUGCUCUUACAUGAGCAUGUCAAUGAAUUAUGCGUUGAAGCACUUUGUAGGAUGGAGCAAGCUAACUGCUCCUUUCAGGUAUUUGACAAACAUCCAGGGAUCUAUUUAUUCUUGGUACAUCCCAAUGAAAUGGUUCGACGAUGGGCUAUUCUGACAGCCAGAAAUUUGGGAAAGGUAGACAGAGAUGAUUAUUAUGAUCUACAGGAAGUAUUGACUUGCUUGUUUAGAGUUAUUGAAUUGGGGCUUUUAGAAAGUCCAGAUAUUUAUACUUCUUCAGAAUUCGAGAAGGGUAAACUUGUCCUUUUGCCAUCUCAUAUGUAUGACACAAACAACUACAAAAACUACUGGUUAGGGAUCUGUAUGUUGCUAACUAUUCUUGAGGAGCAAGCCAUGGAUUCUUUGUUACUGGGCUCAGACAAGCAAAAUGACUUUAUGCAGUCAAUACUUCACACCAUGGAAAAACAAUCAGAUGAGGAUAGUGUAGAUCCUUUUUGGCCAGCGUUACAUUGCUUCAUGGUAAUUCUGGAUCGCCUUGGCUCAAAAGUCUGGGGUCAACUUAUUGAUCCCAUUGAAGCAUUCCAGACCAUUAUUAACAGUGUGAGCUACAACAAAGAAAUUCAAAAUAUACGCAAUAGUUCCACAAGGACAAAGCUAGAACCUGAAUCAGAUUUGGAGGAAAUGGUGACUUGCAGCCAGAUUGUGUACAAUUUUAAUCCUGAAAAAACCAAAAAGGAUUCAGGAUGGAGAUCAGCUAUAUGCCCUGAUUACUGCCCUAACAUGUAUGAAGAAAUGGAAACAUUAGCCAGUGUACUUCAGUCUGAUAUUGGACAAGACAUGCGUGUUCAUAACAGCACAUUUCUUUGGUUUAUUCCUUUUGUUCAGUCCCUCAUGGAUCUCAAGGAUUUGGGUGUAGCUUACAUUGUGGAGGUUAUUCAUCAUCUGUAUUCAGAAGUCAAAGAUGUCCUCAACCAAAAAGUAGCAGUGUGUGACACAGUUACAGAGUUUUUCCUUCUGAUAUUGGUGUCAGUAAUUGAACUGCAUAGAAAUAAGAACUGUUUGCAUUUGCUAUGGGUUAGUUCUCAACAGUGGGUAGAAGCUGUAGUGAAAUGUGCUAAACUUCCUACCACAGCAUUUGCACGUAGUGCUGAAAAGACAUCUGGAAGCUACUCCAAAGGGGCAACUGUAAUAGCUACUUUGCCUUUAUAUUCUGUUCCAUCUAAUUCUGUACAGUUUGCUUGUGUGCAGCUGAUCCGAAGUCUUCUUAGAGAAGGGUGCCAGCUUGGACAACAGACUCUUUGUAAACAAUUCUUAGACAAACUCAACUUGUGUCUGAGGGGAAAUUUGUCCCUUGGUUGGCAUUUAAAUAGUCAGGAGACCCUAGAAUUACAAACGUGUUUGAAACAAAUUAUUAAAAACAAAAAAGUCAAAGGAUUAACAUGUAGCACUUUUGUGGAUAGGACCGUAGCAUGUAAAACUCCCCCUGCAAUUUAUAUUAAAGAAGAAAGUGAUACAACUAUGGAGAGAUCAAAAAAGGAUACAUCUUCUCAGGACAGUCCUAGUCCAUCAUUUUCUAAAGAACCAUUGAGAGCUGAUGUCUUUCAAGGACAAGAGAGUCCAUCUCUAAGAAGAAAUUACAGUUGGGAGGAGGAAAAUAGGCAAACAUACUUAAAGGAGUCAAAACUAGAUGACCAUUUUUCACAUAAAUCAUGCUUAAAGCAGGAAAAAAUCCCUGAUGCUAACGGAUCUCGUAAUCAUGACAUUUUAGAUAAUAUGGAAGACCAGAAGUAUAUUGAAGAAAACAACUCCACAAAUAUACAACAGAAUUUGGCUUCAAAAGAUAAUGCAAUGGAAGGGCUAUAUGAUAAAACAACAAAUAUUCAGACAAGUUUGAUGACAAUUGAUUCUAGAUCUGAUUCUCCCCAAAAUGUAUCAAGCUCAAGUGAUGAUUCCCGUUCAAAGAGUGAUUCUGGCUUUAGGAACUCAAAGUUUAGGACUAAGGCACAGAAAGAUGAAUUAUGUGCAAAAUUAUUACAGGUAAUGAAGGAACAUAAAAAAACCACUAUGGUCACCUGUGUUAAUUUAGAAUCAAAACAGAGUUCAUCCAAUUUGGGGAGUCAUGAUCCAUGCAAAGAUGUGGAUGUUCAGAAAGAGUUUGCCUUAAUACAGAAAGCACAGUCAGAACCUUGUAUUACUCCAGAGAAUAUAACAAAUGAAGAGCAAGAAUCAAAAAAUGAUCAUUCAUUGCUUAUUAAGAAAAAAUCUGAUGAUAAACAGCUAGAUCCCUUAACAUUUCAUAAAAAAGAUUAUCUAUCACAGGAAAGUGAUAGUAGUGAUGAUGAUGAUACGGUUUCACUUAAAACAAUUAGAAAUACCUUACUGAAAAAGAAAUGUCAGCUUAUACAUCACACAGACAGACAGGAAUUAAAGGACAGUAAUUGUGAGGAAAUAAAUAACAGUAAUGAUCAUGUUCCACAUAAUUUGGCAAGAGAGGAUGUUCCUCCUCAGAAUUUUAAAUUUAGCACCUUAAUGGAUUCUCAAGUAGAUAAAGACCUCGAUGCACUCUCUCCUAUAGUCCAUAGUAGUAGUAGUCUUAAUUUCCCUUCAGAUUCAGCUCAAGAAAGUUAUCAGCUGCAGAGAAAAGUAAAAAAUGUUAUGGAUCAUUCUGCAGUUAACCAAAUUAGUGAAUCAACCUCUGUUGUGGAGACUACCAGAAACCAAAUUAUUAUCAUUUCAGAUGAUGAUGAUGAUGAUGAUGAUGAUGAUAAAAGAUCACCAAAUCUUCAGAAACAAAUUAAAACAGAUAAAAUAGGUAUUAAGACAGAGUUUGCAGAAGAGUAUCCUUCAACUUCUAAUACUAUUUUGGAAAAAAAACUAGAAAAAGAAGAAAAAACAACAUCCCCUUUGUUCGAUGAGGGAUCUGAUUCACAGUUUUUUGAAUUUGAAACUCCUCGUGACGUAUUUUCUGUUUGGCAAGAUUCUGAAUCAGAGUGCAGAAAUUCUGUUCAGGAGAGUGAAGCAGAACAAGACUCUUUUUUGACUUCAACAGGUGAGAGUGCCUUAGAUGACCAGACAAAUGACUGGGGUUAUGAUACAGAUUAUAUAUCAGAUGAAGUAAUUCAGAAGGUAGCAGAAAGUCUUGAAGAACAUUUAGACUCACAGAGUAGGGUUUCUCCUAAUGAGAAAUUUCAAAUUAGAUCAAAGAGUAAGAAAGAGUCAUCUAAAUCACCAGUGGCUGAAAAUCUUUCAUGUUUAAAAAAUGUUGAUAAACCUCGUACUUGUAUUUCUGGGGAUCUUAUUGAAGAGCACACUAAAAAUGUAGAUAAGAGGGAAGAUAAAGAAUCUACAUCUAGUCUUUCAGCAUCACCUAAUUUAAAUUUUGAAAUUUCCACUGGAGAGUCAGAUAAACUCUGUUCUCCUCAGUCACAUAAACAGUGUUCUCCUCAGUCUCUUUCUAGUCCAAAACUCAGCAGAACUUCACUUUCUAAAAAUUUGAAGAAAACUGGAAUUAAUCCCCCCAAAAGGCAGAAUAAAAAAAUGAACCAAGCUAGUCCCAAAAAAUUACUUUGUAGAACCAUGCCUGCUGUGAUUCCUCCAAAGAAAUUUCGCCAGUGUCCUGAACCAACUUCAACUGCUGAAAAACUUGGUUUGAAAAAGGGGCCUCGGAAAGCAUUUGACUUGUCCCAGCGAUCUUUAGAUUUUGUGGUAAAGUUACGUGAUCAUGGAAAAACUGCAGGUGAAGUUGAUACUCAUCAAAAGAAAAAGACAAAGUUAAUUACUCCUCAGGCUCUACUUGUAAAAAAUAAUAAGAAAAUGUUGGCAUGUCAAGAUCUUCAGUUUUUAAGACAAAUAAGACCCAAGUCACACAAAAAUCAACAAGGACUUUCUGCCACUCAUAGUAAAGAAACUUCUCCAAAGGCAAUUACAAAACCAUCUCAGAGUUCUGGAGCUAUUAUUAAAGCAUCUCCUGGACCCAGUGACAAUUUUAAAGAAAAAAACAAGCUAGCCUCAGACAAUGAUAAAAAGCAUGCAAGAAAAAGCUCAUUUUCUGAAACAGAAAUAGUUAAAGUUAAAAGUAUAUCACAGGCAGCUAAUAAUAGCCCUCUUUCUACCAAACAUAGUUGUACAGAAUUAAAUGUGAGAGCAGAAACAAAUGAAGCUAUUGUCUCUACUUCAAAGAGCCACUUCUCCAACUCAUCUUCUGUUGGAGGUAAUGUGACAGGGGUUGUCCAACCCUUGCCUUCUUUUCAUUCUGAAAGAACAGCUUUCAGAGAGGCAGAAUCUGAUGUCAACAGUGAUACAGAGGAAAAUAAUUUGUUUUUAACACAAAAUGAUCCUGUAGAUAUGGAAUUAAGUUCACAGGUAGAAGAUUUUCAUGACUUUGAAAUUCCAAUUGAAACAGAUCUAGUAGAAAUGAAGGAAGAUCCUAAAAACCUCACUGGGGACAAGACUUUGAGUAAUAUAAAGUGUAAGCACAAAGAUUGUACUGAAACUGUGGAAAAUCUGAAUGAAUAUUGCUCUGUACAUUCUGAAGCUAAACUAUCUGAUGACUCUGUUUUUGUUAAACCAGGCUUGCCGCUUUCACUAUCUAACAAAACUGUAAAGUCUACUACUAAGAUUUUUAGUUCAAGUAGUACUUCACGAAAUGCUCAUCUUACUAGAGCUAUAGAAAAUAGUUUAAAACUCCCACUAGCAUUAAAAAAUCAAAGAAGUUUGUUAGGCACAACAACAGCAAAAGCAACGCAACUAGUCUCUCCAUUAGUUCAAAAGUCAGUUUUGAAUGAUGAGGGGAAAAAUCUGUCUAAUAUUCUUCAACCACAGAAUAUGCAGACUUCUCCAAAUUAUUUCAACAGACCUGCACCACCAAAUCUCCUUGAGAAGAAAAGAACUUUUCAGGCUUCCUCUGCCUCAAAUUUUCCUAUGAGGCAAUCUAUAUUUGACAGCUUUGUUAAGGAGAUCUUAAAAUGGAAGUAUGAAAUGUUUGUAAACUUUGAUCAGUUUGGGCCCCCAGCAGAUCUUUGCCAGGCCCUCUUAAGACCUGUUCCUGUCACAUUUCAGGACUCUGAAGACUAUCUAAGUGUUUUUUUCCCUUUGAUGAUAUUGAAUACUUUUGAAACAAUAGCUCAAGAAUGGAUUGACAACCCAAAGAAAGAGAAUGCUUAUGAGCUCCAUUUACGAAGCUUCUCUCCUGGUGAAAUAAACUGUGGGCAGUUUAUAGUUUGUCUUCAGGAAUCUGAUAUGGCUAAACAAUUGCAUCCAAAGGAAAAUGAUUUGGUAUUUUUGGUUCCUAAAAAACUACUUGGAAAAAAGAAAGCUGCAGAAGAAAAUGAAAUGAAGAGUCAGCAAGUGUAUCAUUGUGGUUAUGUGUCUCAAUUUCGACGCUCUUCAGUCAGACAUAAUUCACAAUUUGAGGGUUACCUUUCCAUCCAGACUCAAGGCAAUCUGUCAUUCCACAUAAAUGAGUCAAUAGACUGUAUUGUGAUCAGUUCUUUGGUGACUACACAACGGAAGUUGAAAGCCUUGUCUCUUUUGGGGCGGAAUUCACUGAUUCCACUUACCAGGGUAAUUCUGAACCCAAGUACUUCAGACUUUUGUCCUCGAGAUUCACUGAACACGGCUCCUGAGAAGAUUCUUGCCUACCUGAAAGACUAUAAUGAAGAUCAGAAAAAAGCAAUUGAAGUUGCAUAUGCCAUGGUAAAGCAACCACCAUUAAUUGCCAAAAUCUGUCUGAUUCAUGGACCCCCUGGAACUGGCAAAUCAAGAACUAUUGUUGGCCUAUUGUACCGAAUUCUGACAGAGAAACCAAAGAAAGGAGAUUCAGAUGAAAACUUGAAUGCCAAAUUCAAACGAAAUCGUGUUCUUGUAUGUGCACCUUCUAAUGCAGCUGUUGAUGAACUUAUGAAAAAAAUCAUACUUGAAUUUAAAGAAAAAUGCCAAGACAAGAAGAAUCCAUUAGGAAAUUGUGGAGAUAUAAAUUUAGUGAGACUGGGCCCAGAAAAAUCUAUUAAUAAUGAAGUCCUAAAAUUCAGCUUGGAUAGCCAAGUUAACCACAGAAUGAAAAAGGACUUCCCCAAUCACAUUCAAGAGAUGCAUGAGAGAAAGGAAUAUCUGGAUGUUAAAUUAGACAAGCUUUCUCGCCAGCGGGCUUUGGAUCGGUGUGAAAAAGGGCAGAAGAGAUCAAAUUUAGAUGAGGAAAUUGCCCGAAUUUCCAAAGAAAGGCAGCAACUUGCUUCUAAAAUUAAAGAGGUUCGAGGACGCCCACAGGAAGCUCAGAGUAGCAUUAUUCUGGAGUCACAUGUCAUCUGCUGUACACUGAGCACAAGUGGUGGUUUGCUACUAGAAUCUGCUUUUCGUAGGCAAGGAUGUAUUCCCUUCAGUUGUGUCAUUGUUGAUGAGGCUGGGCAAUCUUGUGAGAUUGAGACACUUACUCCAUUUAUCCAUCGCUGCAACAAACUUAUUCUUGUUGGAGAUCCUAAACAGCUCCCUCCCACAGUUAUUUCUGUGAAAGCACAGGAGUAUGGCUAUGACCAGUCAAUGAUGGCUCGAUUGUACAAACACCUGGAAGAACAAGUGAAACAGAAUGUGAUAAGUAGAUCACCUGUUUUGCAGCUGACAGUUCAAUACAGGAUGCAUCCUGAUAUAUGUCUCUUCCCAUCUAGUUAUAUUUAUAACAGAACUUUGAAAACAAACAGAUUGACUGAAGAGAGCCGAUGCACAUCAGACUGGCCGUUCCAGCCUUACCUUGUAUUUGAUGUAGGAGAUGGUUCAGAGAGACGGGAACAUGACUCAUAUGUUAAUAUUCAAGAAAUAAAACUAGUAAUGGAAUUAAUUAAGCUAAUCAAAGACAGAAGAAAGGACAUCACUAUACGUAACAUUGGUAUAAUCACACAUUACAAAGCGCAAAAGAUGAUGAUUCAGCAGGAAUUGGACAAAGAAUUUGAAAAAAACAGACCAGGAGAAGUUGACACUGUGGAUGCAUUCCAAGGUCGUCAGAAGGAUUGUAUUAUUGUUACAUGUGUUCGAGCAAAUGCUUCACAAGGCUCCAUUGGGUUUCUGGCAAGUUUGCAAAGAUUGAAUGUAACCAUUACUCGAGCCAAGUAUAGUCUGUUUAUCCUUGGACAUUUGAGGACAUUGAUGGAAAACCAACAUUGGAACCACCUGAUUCAAGAUGCUCAGAAAAGAGGUGCCAUUAUUAGGACCUGUGACAAGAAUUAUAAGUAUGAUGCGAUGAAAAUUUUGAAACUCAAAUCUGUGCCACAACGAAGCCUAUCACACCCUCCCACGGUAGUGCCAGAAACCACUAGAUUCCAGAACAGCUUACCACCCAGCAACAAGCCCAAAGACAUGAUGAACAAACCUGACAGUGGUAUUUCUAAGACCAUUUCUGUGGCUUCUCCACGGCGCAACAGCACUUCCUUGUUACCUGCUGAAGUUCAACCCAUUAACUGCAGGGAAGCUGUGGUUGUUACAAAAGCUGCUGAAGUACCUGUUGUUCGGGACCCAAGAUUAGCAAAGAGAAAUGAGCGUGAUGCCACAGAGAAAUUCUCAGGUGAUAUACAACCAUCCAGUAUCCAGCAUCCAAGAGUGACAGUACCCAUAUAUGAACCUAGCCUUCCUUUAACUCCUCAGGACUCCAGUAUUGUCAUACAACACCUUUUUCCAAAAGUAACAUCCUCCAACAAUUGCAACCUGACUGCACAACUUGAAGCUCCCUCUGCAAAUAUUUCCAUGCACACAAACAAAAGAAAAACUAGUGAAGAAGAAGGAUCUGGUUACGGAAGAGAAGUGACAUCUUCUGGAGAAGGACAACAAGAAAAGCAUGAGUCUAAGAAAGACUGUCACUUAGACAGGGACUAUUGCUUGGACAGGAGGAGAAAAGAAAACCAAGACAGUCAUUCAAAAAGAAGAAAACUUUCAUAGCUAAGGUCUUGAGUCUCAACAACAGGCAACAUUUACCAAAAGGAAUAUUUAUUAUAAGAAAUGCAGCUUUGGGUGCUCAGUUAAUAAGAAUAGAGAUGUUAAAUUUAUUUUUAAAUUUGGGGCCAUUAAUUUCCCCUAGAACUUGGAAGAUUGUAUACUCUUAUUUAAACUUAUUUUCUAUUGGUAAUCUUUACAAAUGAGUGUGUUUUUCUGUCUUGAAUUUCAGAGGACCUUUGUGCAUCAAUGAAUAGUGUCUUUAGAGCCAGAAAAAUGAAAUGUAGUUCUGUUGUUCUUCCUUUUUAGAAAAGGAAGCCAGAUUUGGACAAAUUUUGUAAAUGUAGAGAUGUACAUUUGUAUAGCAAAGAACAAAACCUUUUUAAGAUUUAAUCUAGUUGCUAUUUUGCCUUUUCUUUCUCCCUGGCUCAAAAUGUUUGUUCAUUUUUCAGCAGAGCAAAGUCAUCUUUAAAAGUGGGGGUCACUCUAGUGCUAUUGUAAGCCUGAUUUCUUUCACAACAUAAGUUGUUUGGAAAAAAGCUGAGUUGGUGAUAGUGGGUCAGAUGUCUCUAGUUCUAUUUUAAAAGCUGACUGGCCUCAUGGGGAAGCUUUGGUGAAAGCAUUUGGUUUAGAUGGAAUUCUGCUUAUCUUGUACAUUUUAAAACAAGGUUUUUGCACAAGAUGGUUAAUUUCUACAAGGGUUCAUCUAUCUAUUUUUACUAAAUUCUUAGUUCUCCACUCCAAAUUCUCUUUCUUGGCAAUAUUGUACAGCUAUCCUAGAAGAAGUGAGAUACUGUAGAUUGAAGGUAAUGCUUUGAACAAAUACUGAAUAGUUGAACUGGAUGGUCUCAAAACAUCAUUAAAAACCACAAGGAAAUAAAAAGAAACUUAAUACUUCUAAUUGGAAUAGUUUAUAAGGUGAUUAGGGUUUGGAAAUACUUGCAGAUUUCUCACAUUUUUUAGAAACUGUGUAACUUUGAUAAAAGUAUACUGCUACAUUUUGGUAACUGGUGGUACAAAUUAUAGCAAAGAUUUAAAUGGAUUUCCUUUAGUUAAGUGGGUUUAUAACUUUUUGUCCCUUCUUAAUUUCAUUUUCCUUCCUUUUUGCUAUAGAAAUUUUUUCUAAAAAAAGGUCUAUUUAUCAAUGUUGUGUGAGGGGGGAAAAAUCUAUAUUAUUUUUAUCAGAAUUGCAAAGAGGCACCUUUGUGGGGGGAAAGGCAUGGUACAGGAUUUGAUUCUUUUAAGAAAGCUAUCUGAUUUUGGCCACAGGUACACACACACACACACACACACACACACACAGGAACAAUUGUUUGAAGUGUUUUUUUCACAGAAGUAUGUCUAAAAAUAGAGGGGUUAAAAAAGAGAAAUUUUCCAAAUUUAUUAUAUAAAUUUGCACUUUAUGCAAAAAGAAUGAAUUCUGUAUUUGGGCUUUUUGAAAGAUCUUCCUAUGUGUAGAAUGUUUGCAAUCAUCUCAUGGAUCGUUUAAUUCUUAAGCCACUUUUGAAUUUUUCCAAAAAUUGACAGUACAUUUCCUCUGGACAAUGCAUGUGUCUUUUACAUUGGUUUCCAAACAUAUAAGUAAGGGAUAAAAUGAAAAUAUCUCUUAACAGUAGCACCUUUUUUGAUCUUAUGGUGCUACACAUUCAGAUUAUGUUUCCUUUGCUUAUGGAUCAAAGGAAGAGUGAUAGGAAGAGUUAGAUUUGGGGGAACAUUUCAUUAAUUAUAACCAAUGUGUGGGUUUCAAAAGAUUAGAUGUCAGCUUUUAUUACACAUCUUUGUCAGGGAAUUGCCCUUUUAUGAAUAUAAAUUGUUUUUUUCUAAAGUUAGUGCUUUCAAUUUGGGCUUUUUUCUGCCAGUAAACGACUAAGAAGGGAUGAAAAAAGGUAAUAUGAAAGAUUUCAAAGAUUUCAGAUGAAAUAGUUUGUCUUUGUUUUGGAUAUCUUUGAAUCCUCCUCAGUCUAUUUAUGUUCACAUGUAGAUUGUCAAAGAACUUUACCCUCAGAUUUAGGAUUUAUUACCAUACGCUAAAUUGGCCUACAAAUAGGUGUUUUCAGUUAAGUCUGGGACCCAAGCUCAAACUGAUUUAUGGUUCCUUUGUUUUCCUGUUAAUAAUUCCUUCCUAGAGACUAAUCAGAUAAAUAUCACAAAAAUAAUAAAGGUAUAAGGGGAGGGUUCCAUGGGAUUAAAGGAAGAACAUUAGGGAAAGUCUAUGAUAAACAAAAAGCAUCCAAAAAAUGAAAAAUAAAAGUAUAACGAGGACAUUUGGCCUAUAGGAUAAAGGACAUCUAUACUUUGAGCAAAUUCUCUUAUUCAAAGUAGACUGUUGGUAGGUACCUUGUUGUAAAGCUUAGAUCUCUUCUAACUGUUGUUCCCUACUCACCUGAUUGUUACUACCAGUAGGAGAGAUGAAAAUAAUGAGCAGCUUGUGCAUAAUCCUACUGAACAAAAUUUUUAUACAAAAGCAAAUACUUCUAGCAAAAUAGCACUGUAUUAUCUAAGUGAAUUAGAAUCUUCGUUUGACUUUAUGCAGCAAAAUUAUUUUAAAAUCACUUUGGUUGGGGAUUAACCUAAUAAUUUUGGACAUGGCAAGCAGUGAAUUAUUUUGUUGGAUAGUAGCAGGUGAGUUUUUAUGUUAAGGUUCUCUUUGCCUUGAUAUUUAUGCACAGUCUCUUCAAGUAUCAUUUUUGUAUUUUUGAUAUGUUUUAGAUUUUUUGCAUCACUUUUGACUUACCAAGUACAAACACAGCUUGUUAGAACUGGAAGGGAGUUUAAGGCUCAAAAACUUUAUUUUACAGAGGAUAAAAUUGAAGCCAAGAAAGGUUAAAUAACUUGCUCAAAGUCACAAAAUGGAGGCAGCAUUUGAAUCCAGGUCUCUUGGCUCCAAACCUCUUGCUCAUUCUUUUCUACUUCAUUACCAUCCUGUUUAUAGAGAAGAACAAAGAGGCUCAAGAGAUAGUCUUAGAGAAAUUAAAUUCGUUUGCAUGUACUAAAUAGGAACUACACCAACUUAAGGGUACAAAAACAAAUUAUUGUUAAUAUUGUGCAAAAUUAUUGGAUAAUUUAGGCUUUUUAGCUCCUUUCCACCAUUUUACAACAGAUACAGCAGAAGAUACUUUUCCCCAGGGCAGACAUUUUGUAUUUUAAUUUGUUUCAUGGGUUGUCCUAGUCAAUUAGUAACCAGGCAACUUGUGGGAAGGUUGUAUUUAGCUAGAUAAAAUGGACUCAGUAUUGCUAGUAUCAUAUUCAAAGCAUUUGUCCUUAGUGGUGUAGUGUUUGAGAACUCAGGAUACCCUCACCUCCAUUCCACUAACUACUUUGGAGUUAGAUUUUUGAGGAUUUGAUUUCGUUGAAUGCUCAAAGUCAAUAAACAUUUCAUGGGAUGCAAGAUCA